CCCGCACUGCACGCCACCGGGGUUACGAGGCCCCGAGGAAGGGGCGGGCGCUGCAGGCUGCGCACUUCCGCUUCCGGUUCCCAGCGCAGGCUCCGGCCCCCUCUCCGCUGUCGAGCGACGAGGUUGUGGCGUCGGCUGGUUCCAGGCGAUUCGAGGAUGAUCGAGGUGGUUUGCAACGACCGUCUGGGGAAGAAGGUCCGCGUGAAGUGCAACACCGAUGACACCAUCGGGGACCUGAAGAAGCUGAUCGCUGCCCAGACGGGGACCCGUUGGAACAAGAUCGUGCUGAAGAAGUGGUACACGAUCUUUAAGGACCACGUUUCUCUGGGCGACUAUGAAAUCCAUGAUGGGAUGAACCUGGAGCUUUAUUACCAAUAAAGCGGAACUCCUUCCCCGUGCCCGGUCCCCCCGCCCCUCUCCUCCUGCUCUCAGCCCCUGGUAUGGAUGCUUGUUUUUAAAAAGUCAUGUUAAUAAAAACGUAGAAUAGCU